AUGCUUCGAGGCGCCGUAAAGGACCAUGAGCAGAAGAAUGGCCCGCCGCAUCUAUCUCAGUCGACAUUCCCCUCCUCACAAUCCAAGUCGACCACACAGUCCACGAACCCAGGAUACAGGCCUCCACUGAAACAAAGUUCGGCGUCUGCCGUUAAUGAGGUGAAGAGCUAUCAGACACACCGCGGAGGUAUCAAGAGGACAGCAAGCGGGUUGGCAAAAGCAAUGGGAGGAUCCUUCGACGAUGAGCGACCAGGCUCUCAAUAUCAGCCGAUUGUUCUAGGAGGAGGGUCUGCCCCACCGGAGGACUUCUUUGGCGAGAACGACUUCGACAGCGACAUCGAUCUCGAUGUGGAGGAGCCACUGGCUCUGGGUGGUAUCAGCUAUCCCGAGCUUCCCAAGCAGACCUCUCGUCCAAACCCUCCCAAGCAGGCAUCUCGAUCAAAUCAACCUCCAGGCCAGCAGAUCAGAUACCCUACAUUGCCGACUGCGCGAAGCACUGAAACCACCGCGACUCCAAGCCGUGGACUCAUGAGCCCGCCGGCGCGGACUGAGCUUCCUGGAAGUAGUGCUCCACUACCUUGGUCCUCGUCGCCUCUCGAACACUUCAGUUCUGCACUGCCGCAGCAGUCUCUCCAGAAAUUCGCAUUCGACGGACGUCAACCUACGAGCAAGGACACGCUGCGCAGAGCUUCGCCAGAGCCGAAGCCCGCUAAGAGGAGAACAUUGCCUUGGCAGGCACAAACUUCGGAAGAGCCUCCACGCACUGCUGCUCCGCGAACCCAGAUCUUUGCUGGAAUGCUCAACGAGAUGCGUGAGGGUCGUCUCACCGAAUCAUCAACAGCAGCCUUCAGGAAAUUGUCACGACCUCUCAGCUUCGACGACAUGCUUGACGCUACAGAGCUCUUCCCCACGCGUAAUGAGGUUGAGGGAGCGAAUGCAAAUCGACUUCAUCUCUUACAAGGAAACAUGUUUCCCUUCCCAGCCAAGGAUGGCGGCUCCAUCACCGACAAGGGACAGCGUGACCGACUUUUGGCAAACUGUCUUGCGCCCGAACUCAUCACCUUGAAAAAAGGUGCCCAGGUCAUGCUGAUCAAGAAUAUCGACGAAACCCUCGUCAACGGAUCCCUCGGUCGUGUCAUCGGCUUCAUGGACGAGCGACAAUUUGACAGCUAUAACAACAACGAGGACGCAUUCAUGCAAUCGCCUGGAGGCACCGUGCAGAGCACUACUGAUGCCGCGGCUGGUGGCGAAGCUGGAGAUCGACCUCGCAUGAUGGAAGGCAUUACCACUUCUCGCAAGUGGCCGCUCGUUCGGUUCGCCAUUGCAGAUGGCACCUGGCGCGAUCUUCUCUGCCAGCCAGAGACGUGGAAAGUCGAGCUUCCGAAUGGUGAAGUCCAGGCCUCUCGAGCUCAGGUACCACUCAUUCUGGCUUGGGCGCUGUCAAUUCACAAGGCGCAAGUCGUGCCACGAGCAUGGCAGGUCUGCAAGUGCUGA